GGAGCCCCGGGUCCCCUUCGAGUCGGAGCGGAGGCGCGAUGCGGAAAGGGCCGCGCAGGGGUCGCGUAGGGAUGGAGGUCCCCCAGGGCGGCCUGGAGCCCGGCGGCUUCCUCGCAGCGCGAAAGCGGAGCCUGGCGCACAGCCGCCGCCUCUGGUUCGCCGUGCUGCUGGCCCUGGCCGCCGGCUCCCUGUUGGGGCUUUACCUGCUUUGGCAGGUGGGCGAGGACCCGGCCGUCGGGGGCAUCCAGCCCCGGGGGGCGGCGCAGAAGGAGCUGAUCCCGGGCGCCCAGCUGAAGCACAAGCCCCAAAACCUGACUAGCGGGCAGCUGAAGGGCCUGGCCUCGCAGGUCCAACUGCAGCGCCUUUGGCAUAGCUACUUGCAACCUAUCCUGAUCGAGAGGUACUCUGGAAGCCCUGGCAACGAAAAAGUCCGGCAGUUCAUUGUGGAAAAGCUGAGGAGACUGGGCGCUUCCUGGCACAUAGAGGUGGACGCCUUCAAAGACCGGGCGCCGCACGGCGUCGUCAGCUUCGCCAAUGUGGUGGCUACGUUGGACCCCGCAGCCACCUGGCGCCUGGUGUUUGCCUGCCACUACGACUCCAAGUAUUUCCCCCACGACAAGCGUGGCCGGGCCUUCCUGGGGGCGACGGACUCGGCUGUGCCCUGUGCCAUCCUGAUGGAGCUGGUGACAGCGCUGGACGAGGAGCUGAAGAAAUCAAAGGAGAGGGGCUCCAAGGUGACGUUGCAGCUGCUGUUUUUCGACGGGGAGGAGGCCUUCCGGGAGUGGACGGACCAGGACUCCCUGUACGGUGCACGGCAUUUGGCUGAUCGCAUGGCAAAGACGGCGCAUCUCCCGGGCCUCAGCCAGCUCCAGGCUAUCUCUCUCUUCGUUCUGCUGGACCUUUUGGGCGCCCGCCAGCCGACCAUCCAGAACCAUUUCCGCAACACGGCCAUCUGGUUCGAAAGGCUCAUCGGCCUUGAGAAGCGGUUCCACCAGCUCGGCCUCCUGGAAUCCCACCCAAAGGAGCAGCUCUAUUUCCAGCCACGCUCCUACUAUGACGCCGUCGAAGACGACCACGCUCCCUUCCUCCGGAGAGGUGUCCCAGUCCUUCACCUCAUCACCACACCCUUCCCCGCAGUCUGGCACACCUUUGAGGACACAGAGGAGAACCUGCACCCGCCCACAGUGCUCAACCUCUGUAAGAUCUUGGCAGCUUUCCUGGCAGAAUAUCUGUGGCUUUAGGCGGAAACCGAAGAUGUGGAACGGAUGAAGGAUGCGCCUCGUUUUAAGAAGCAGCACGACCGCUUGCCAGGGACUCCGUC